AUGACUAUCAAUGAAUACAUUGCAAAGUUUGCACAACUGAUGGAAUAUGCCAAUUUUGAUCGUAACAUCUAUGAUGAGGAGUGGCAAGUGGAGAAGUUUGAGAGUGGAUUGCAUCCCGAGAUCAGAAAGCUCAUGUUGACCCCGGCUAUCCGUACUCUGCCCGAAAUCAUUAAUCAGAGUCGGCAGGCAGAAGGCAUUAUCAUUGAAGCAAGAAAUUUGAAUAGACAACCGGUGCAACAGCAGGGAGGAAACAGAGGGGCCAGAUUCUUCAAGAAGAACACGGGAAUGAACAAGGGAAAGGGUCCACAGAUGCAAGCUCGGAAUGGUAAUUUCAAGAGAAAUACUGCACCCGGUCAGUCAUCAGCAGGACGUCAGGGUCCCAGUGCAUGUUCUAAUUGUGGGAAAAACCAUGCUGGAGUCUGUUUACAGGGAAGCAACACAUGCUACAGAUGUGGUCAACCUGGACAUUUCGCUUCUAAAUGUCAAAACUAUGCAAGUCAGCAACCUACUCAGGCCAGAGUGUUCACCCUCGAUGCUAAUGAGGCGCAGAAAUAUCCGAAUCUUAUUCGAGGUAACAUAAUCCUUAACGGUUAUCCUAUUUCUGCUAUUUUUGAUUCUGGAGCAUCUGGUUCGUUUAUGGCAUACAAUUGA